AGAAGUAUUUUUUUUGUGACUGUAAAGGUUUUCACAUCAGCUGCUUUCACAAAAGAAGAUUGGCCAGUUGCUGUCAUGGCUUGUUCUAAUUCCUUGGUUGUCGUCGUGGCUGGAUUUCUGUUGAUCCUACUGGCUUCUGGAGUGACGGCAGCCAAAGACGAGGGCAAAUCAAAAUUCAAGCGGAUAGUUUGCAACAAUAAUAAUAAUAAUAACAACAACAACAAUAACAACAAUAACAACAACAACAACAACAAUUGGGGAUUGGUAAAACGCGUGGUUUGUAACAGCAAUAACAACAAUAACAACAAUAACAAUAACAACAAUAACAACAAUAACAAUAACAACAAUAACGGUUAUGGACCGCUCCAGUUCACUUGCCCGUUAGGAAGGUCCGUCGGUGUUAUCACAGCUCAGUAUAGUCAAGCAAGUGGCGAUAGACGAUGGAUAUUUGAAUGCAAGGACAAUGUGGCGUGCAAGAUCGCAAAGUGGUCGAGUUAUGUUACUUUUUUCCAGGCAUCUUUCGAGUACGAGUGUCCUUAUGAUGGUUUUAUUACAGGUAUUAGCAGCAUUUACAGCAACAUUUACAAGGACCGCCGCUUCAAAUUCCAGUGCUCUCACAACCAAAACUACUCAAAAAAGAAGUGCAAAUGGAGUGGCUACUUGAACGACGCUCACACAAUUUUGGUGUUUCGUAGCAAGAGAAGAUAUUAUUUGUCAGGAAUCAAAAGUGAUUUCCUUCUCAAUGAUCGCCGCUGGAAGGUGAAAAGUUGCACACUGAAGUACAAGAAAUCUAAGAAGAACUAGUGAGCCACUGAAAGCCGGUUUGUAAAAGCACCGGUGGACGUGAAAAGCUCAGGAAUCAUGAGUUUACGAGUGAACAAAAACAGCUUUGAUUAACUAAGAUUUUAACUAAAUUUUACUCGCGGUGGAGCAAAACAACGUAUUUUUUGGUUGAUUACAUUUAGAAAACUAAGGUAUUGCAAUAAAGAAUAGGUGUAAUUAUGGAAAACACAAAGAAUGGGUUACAGAAAAGUGUGCUAGUUCUAUAAAAUAUCAUUUGUGAUCAACGAGGCUGUUUUUUACAUUAACUGUAGAAAUUCUCGCGCACUAAUUAGACAAGAACUAUUGUUAACAAGGUUAGAGAUGAUGAAAAUUACGUAUCAAGUACAGCAACGCUCGGAAAUCCUUAGCAGUCAAGAAAAAAUUACCCCGUAAAGACAAUUGCAAAAUUCUGAGAUUUGGACGGUAACUAACUUCCGAAUUUUAAGAACGGUAUACUGUAAUGUCCUCCCAUUUGUUACUAAUAGAAAAUGAUAACCCUUUUAAUAAAUGGAAGGUUUAUUUUGAACUCGCUGGGGAAUUAAAGAAUAUCUCAUGUCGAUAGAAAUGAAUUGGUAGGUGAUAUACGAUGUGUUCUUGAUUAUCCGCAAUUAAGUCUUAGAGGAUGUAUUUCUCAGCAUGUCCUUAACAGUGUGUCGAAUGUCUUUCACUCUCCAGCAAUAAAUGAUAGGAUUCAAAGAAGAAUUCAUAAACAUAAGUGAUCUAAAGUCAAGAAACAGUUCCUUCCAAAUUUGGUUGUUGUCAAAGAUUUCCUUAAAGAAUGUCCUGGAAAGAAGACCACAAUAAAAUGGUAAAUAACAAAUCAAAAACACAAAAUUUACAUAAAAUGAGCUGGCCGCGAAUUUCCUCAGCCUUAAGACAUUUGUUAAGUCACCAUUCUGUGUUGCUAGUGGUAAAUUUAAAGCGUGAAUCUUUUUUUUUUUUUAUGGACUCUUACUGCAAAGUAAAGUCUGGCGUUAAUAGCAGUCAAGAAAGUCAGGCAAAGACUCCAGAAGAUGAAUGUGAUGUUGAUAAGCUCGUUUAUGUUGUCAGUGAUCCAACAACAAAAGGGACGAAAUAAGAGCACUUAACACCCAUGAUAAGAUUGCCAGACGAAGAACUCGCUUGUGAGUCAAAAGUUCCUGAUAUCUGAGGUGAAGAUGAACAGCUAGGAAUCGGUCCAAGGUCAGACCCAUGAUACCCAGGAACGAAGCGUUAGCGAGUCCAGACUGGAUGAUCCAUAGCGCUUCGGUAUCCAUCUUCCGCGACACGUUUACAAUCCAUAAUGGCUGGGCAACAAAACCAACAGCAAGAUCAGAAAAGGCAAGACUCAGCAGCAAUGUCUUUAUAUUUUUUGGUAAAGAGGAAGUUUUCCUUAUGGCUCGAAUUGUUAUAAUGUUCAAAACGACACCUGUAAAUGCUGAAAAGGCGUUUAAAACGGCGUUAGUGAUGGACGAGGACACGGAUUGGACUUCAAUAACUACCAUUCUUCACUGAGCUAGAUAUAAUUCUCGAGACCUCAAAUGAUCUUUCAUAUGAAAAAUUCUGUGGUUAACGGUUUUCCUGCCGAUCUCAAACUGAAUAAACUGAUCUUAGCAUACAACCAGCUGUUUAAACGCUUUCUAAAUGCGUCCGCGUUGUUUUACACGAUUAGGUAAAGUAUUCGGUUGUGAAUUGUCGUCUGUUUUCCUAAUAAAACAAUUUUGUCGCUGGUGCGGAUAGGCCCUAAGCCGUCAAAAAUUGCACAAGUGCCAGAUCUCACACGUAUUUCAGGUGAUAAUUCGUGUCAGUUUCUAAAAUUAAGGAUAUGUUGUUAUACAUUUAAUUUGGCUAUUAAACUGACAUUUUAAACAAAUUUCAAUUUCAAACAUUUUAUUUAAGCUGAAAGCUUGUCAGUUGGAAGAUGCAUGUUUAACAUUUAUUACAAAGAGAUCAUAAUCUUUUGCCGGUAAUGCAUCUUUCAGAGGAGACAAUUAAGCCAAUUAUAAACUAAAGGACUGACAAUAUGGGGCACGAACAGUGCCUUAACAUUACUCUUAGUUUCAAUCUUGUAUCGUCAUAUGGUCCCUCGUUUCGGUUUCAAGCCUUUGUUGUCAUCUCGAUUGGCAAAGAGACUGAAACAAGGUAAAAAUAAACGAAAAACGAGGAAAAUUAGACAGUUAUACAUAUCUAUAAAAAGAUGAUAUUGAAAAAAUUAAAAAGCAACACAAAAAAAAGAAGGUAGAGCUCGUGUUUUGGGAAUCAGAUUUAGACCGAUUAUUAAAAAUAACGCCGUUCUUCUAGCUUCCAAACGAAUACUGAACAAAAGCUGUCACAACGCAAGACUAAGAAAGUUUUAGUAAUGUCCACAACGUCGAAGACACCGUCCACCGCAGCUGUGCAAGUCCGACGAAAUUAGAAUAAGUCAGACGGAUGAGUCAUAUUUCCAGUUUCAUUCUCAUAUCAUUUCCAUAAAAGCCUGUCAAAGUUUAGUUGGGUAAUUUUCAUUUAAUUUGUAGCAGAAGGCUGCUUUGCUGUUGUUAUGGGUAAUAACAUGAAUUCGAGUGUAACUUGGUACGGGCGAAUGCAAUUUGUAGACUGAAAAAUUUUAAAGUGUUUAUUUGCAAUAAAAUGAUUUCGAGUGCAAUUUAGUGAUAAGACCUACGCGCGCCACUUUUAAAGAAACCAUACAAAAUUAUUUAUCACUUUAAAGCUUAUUUACCAACGUUUUGCGAAAUUUGCUAGAAAUUUAUCAACGUUUUGCUUGAAAUUCCUUUUUGCCGCGCAGGGCAAGAUGCGAUGUCAACAAAAUAUGUAAUUCGAGA